AUGGCAGAACCAAUCGGGCUCGGUGCCAGCGUGCUCGCCUUCGUUACCUUGACUCUGAAGUCCGCCAAGGCGAUUCACGACGUUCUCUCUGCGGUCAGGGAAGAUCCGGACAGCGUACGCCGCCUCACGAGCGAGGUGACUUUUAUGGAAUCUAUCCUCAGGCGGUUAUCAAACUUCACAAGCCUGCAAAUCCAAACCAUCCCAGCGUCUGACGCUGAAGCCCUCGAAAAUCUCUUGAAAGGAUGCUUUGAUGAUCUAUCAAGCAUCUCUAGAGACCUUCAAGCUUUCGUCGUAUUUCCCAAGAUAAACACUGUGCGGCGUGCUUGGAAACGGCUCCGCGCUGCCAACAACGAGACGGAUAUAGUUCGCAUGACAGACAUGCUGAGGGGGCAGGCGUCCAAACUCCAACUCUACCUGACCAUUAUCCAAACCGAAACAGCGGCUGCCGAGUCAGCUAGUCGAACAGCAGAAGCGGCAGUUCAGGCCAUGCGAGGUGAUCAGCACACGGCCUCUUUGGCCCAGAUUGUGGGGAUGCUCACGGGCCUGCGCCCCCUGACAACAUGUGUUGACCAGAGCGAAAUCGUCGAAAGACUCGCGAGGCUUGCAAUGGAGGAUACGCGAACGGUUGAAGUCGAUGACUACGAAAGCAUCGUCGCCGACGUGCAGGAGCUUUUGAAGGCCACCUUGGACGAGAAGACGCCGCUGCAAGAGCCUGAAAAGAACACUUCGUGGCGAAAGGCGCUUGCUCCUGGCGAGUUUUCCGGGGAUGUUGGGCGCUUUCGAAAGCUGUUCGCUUUGGCUUCGCGUCUCAGCAUCAACGGUGGGUUUCACUAUACUAACUUUAGGGAGCUCAUGAAAUCGACACACGGCAAAUGCUCGCUUUCUAGUCAGGAGUAUACACAAACCAUCAACCUCAACAGUGGCGCGAUGUCGCUCUCCUUCUUGACUACCAAGAGUCGGUCCUCAGACUCUGCUUCCGAAACCUUCUCAGUGACAAAUAGGUUGAGCUACACAAGCUUCAACGCACGCCUCACUUUCCGACCACAUCGCACGCGAGGUUCGCUUGUCUUCCAAUUGGUUCAAAAGGGCAGCCUUGGUGAGCUCAAGUCACUGUUGGCCAGUGGCCAGGCCAACGUCCGGUCCCAGGACGAGGAUGGUCGUACUUUACUACAUGUGGGUACCAUGACUGCUUUGCCUUUUGAGUCUUGA